GGGAUGGAAGCAUACCAGUAUUCUCCACUACCUCCCCGCAAUAUCAGGCUGCUUCACCUCCACACUAAAUCUGGUGACGACGAACUUGUUGCGGAACUGAGGACGUUACCGCUAGAAACUGCUGCCAUUAUCGAAUUUUCUGCUCUCUCAUACGCUUGGGGAGAUCCCCUUCCGCGAAAGAGAAUUAUCUGCUCUGGGCGUGCGGUCGAAAUUGGCCCAAGCCUGCACAAUACCUUAGUCAACAUUAGAUCCCGACAAUACCGACGCUUGAUCUGGGCAGACGCGUUGUGUAUCAACCAGAACAAUAGAGCUGAGCGUGCUUCCCAGGUUCGUCUUAUGGGCGAGGUUUAUUCAGCAGCGGCUACGACCGUGAUAUGGCUCGGCGCGGAAUCGGACAGCGUCGGACGAGCAUUUGAGUUCCUUCGCAAGUUC